AUGUCUGCCCCAGUCGGUGUCACAGUUUUUGCCGCUUCGCUGCAACGUGUCAUGCUUGAGAAGCUUGGCAAGGCGGAGGUGAACGAUCUUGUGGUCAUGAAUUUGUCCAUGUUGGUGCCAAUGCUGGCGGCAGGUCAACUUCUAAAGAAGCUGAUCCCUUGGGAGGGUGCCCCCAGCUACAGCAAGUGGCUGAUCUUCCUGAGUGUGGCCGAGGCUGUGGGGAUGGCGCUGCUGACCAUAAGCUUGCUCAUGACAGGCUCCACACUCCAGAGUAUUUACUCCCGCGGUUGUGAGCUUGCGGCCACCGUCGUAGUGGACAGCUUCGUCAAGCGCGAGGUCGAGGCGCCGCUUAUGACGUUGAGCCGGCGGCUCUUUGUGCUCGCCCUCGCCGUCUUCGGCGCCGUGCUGUUGCUCGCAACCAAGAGCAUGCAUUCGGGGGGCUUGGGGCACACGAGCUUCUGCUUGGCCAUCAUCGCGCUGCGCUCCUCGUGCUACGCCUUCAUGUCCAUUGUGGAGGACAUGCAAAUCAAGGCCUUCGCAGUUUCACCUUACAAGCUCUUGCACUUCGAGGUUCUCGGUGGCGGCUUGAUGACGCUGCUCAUCAUACUUCCGAUAUCCCUCAGCCCGGCCAUGCGUGACGCCUUCAAACUCGUCACGCUGCCAGAGACGAUUGCAAACCUCCAGGCCAGUUGGAACAUCAUGGCGUGCUACGCGAUGUUUCUUGCGGCUUGCUUGAUCCAGAACGCCGGGCGGAUCCUUGUGCUGCGGCGCCUAUCUGCCGUGCAUUAUGCCUUCUCUGGAAUCCUGAUCCCUUUCUUCACGAGCAUCAUUCAGCACGUGAUGUGGUACAUGUCCGAGGGGAAAGCCGGCGAGCCGGUGUGGGCCGUCGGCGACGGCCUCGGCUGUGUGUUGGUUUCCUACGUUUGUGUGUGCGUCGCGUUGUAUCUCUUCAUGUACUGGUCUGAGAAGCCGUCCGCACUUUUUUUGGGUGGGAUGCUGGUGCAAAGGCAGCAUUGGCAAGAACACCCACGCGAGGCCCUGCACGCUGAGCGCAUGCGAAAGAUCUGCAGGAGCGGGGAAGAGUACAGGCAGUGUAUGAUCGGGUGCUACGCGGGUACUGCAAGCGACUACAGACACCUUGCCGCCUUCUUCGGUUUCGUUGCCAGGGCAUACCACCGCAUUCCUUCUUUGCCGAGGAAGGAAGACGCGCAUGUGCACCACAUUCCAACCAAGAUGCCCCGUUGCUUGGGCGCGCAAAAAUGGGAUGACAUCGACAUCUUGCGUUUCCGGACUGUGCGCAAUUUCGAGUCGUUCCCCUUCCCGUCUGACAUGACCGCCAAGCAGCGUUCCCUCCUGCACGAGGUGUUAAGGACAGCCGCCGUCGAGUUCGGGGACCGCUUCGCCUUGGACGUCAAGCAAGUGCGGAUGGCGGACGUGCCGGAGAAGUGGCCUAUGAACGAGUACGAGGCGAUGCACUCUGCGGGCUUGCUGGAAGACUGGCCGGAGAACCGCAGCUUCUUCAACUUCACUUGUCGGCCCAUUCGGCCCCAAGCCGGAAGGAGGAUGGCCGUGACCCCCGAGAUGGCAAACAAGGUGGAGGUGAGCUUGCUAGUGAAUGAGGAGGACCACAUGCGUUUCAUUUGCACCGUUCCAGAGCCAGAUGCCGACUCAGUCGCCCUUGCCUGGGAGGUGUGGACCAACUUGAUCGAGUUUGUCUCCACUGCAUGCCGCUUGCCCCAAGAAGCGCCCCAAUCAGCGAUGCCCGCGGAGAGCACCUCUGAUUUCAGGGAGGAAAGCAGGUCCUUGUGCUAUGCGUACACGCCUGAGUUCGGAUACCUGGCGUCUUGUCCUUCUAACUGCGGAACAGGCUUCAAGAUCGGGGUUCGCAGCAAGCGCACGGGAUUUACGACCAACACGACGCGUCGUUUGGGAUACCCUGUGGAAGAGCUCAUCCAGACUGCCUUCGCAGAACGUAAGGAAACUUUUAAAGCAGACGAAGAUGUUCCUUUUGCAUCUUGGCAAAUGGAGCAAGCCAAGCACAUCAAGUAUGGAACGGUUUGA